AAAAUCAGAACUCAAAUAAAUGUAAGUUAUUGUAGAUUUGGUAAGUACUCUCAUCGUAAAUCAGAGAUUGAAAAAGCUGAGAGAGUACACCCAAAAAAAAAAAAGCUAAGAAGAGAAAAAAAAAAGAAAGAAAAAGAAGAUCCACCUCGAACUUCUCUCCAUCUUUCUCAAUCAUCAUCUAAUUCUCAGAUUCCGUUUCUUUCUUCCUUUUUCCUCUUCCUCUUCAAGCCACAAAGACUCAUAAAAAUCUAACCUUUUUUCUCAUUCUCUCUGUUAAAUUUUCCGGGAAAGUUUGUUCCUUUUUCUCCAGAUCGAAUUCUCUAAUUCUCAUCUCACUGAAUCUGUUACUUUCUCUAUAAUCUAAUCUUCAAAUGUUUCUGGGUUUGUGAAAUCAACACUUAAAAACUCGAGCUUUUUACCUCCUCUGUUUUUUUGAAGAUAAUGAGAGAAGACGAUUCAGACUGGUUCGCAAGAUGGGAAGAGGAACUUCCAUCACCAGAAGAGCUCAUGCCAAUUUCUCAAUCUCUAAUCUCACCCGAUCUAGCUCUAGCCUUCGAUAUACGAAGCCCAAAUCACGGAAACGGAAACUCAAAUCAACCCCAUCAUCACCAAACCACACCUCCUACACCAUCUCAGCUUCAGCUUCCAUCUUCACAAGCCAAUUCCUCAGCCGAAUUCGCUGCAGAUUCAGCAGAUCUAGGCUCAGGAGCUGCCGGAGAUGAACCUGCACGAACCUUAAAACGACCGCGUCUUGUCUGGACACCGCAGCUUCAUAAACGUUUCGUUGAUGCUGUUGCGCAUUUAGGGAUUAAGAACGCUGUUCCUAAAACGAUUAUGCAGCUUAUGAGUGUUGAUGGUUUAACUAGAGAAAACGUUGCGAGUCAUUUGCAAAAGUAUAGACUUUAUCUUAAGAGAAUGCAAGGUUUGUCUUCUGGUGGUGGAGCUGGUUCAGAUCCGGCUACUGAUCGUCUCUUCGCUAGCUCUCCGGUUCCUGCUCAUUUUCUUCAUCCUAAUCGUGUUCCCAGUUCUGAUCAUUUCAUGCCGUCUUUUGUUCCCAUUGCUACUCUUCAACAACAACAACAAAUGGCUGCUGCGGCUGCCGCGGCUGCAGCAGCGGCUAAUCCUCAUUUACAACCGCCUCAGUUCCACCGACAAAUCGCAGCUGCGCAUUUUGGCUCGCCGACAAACGGUGGAUUCAGUUCACCGACGAAUGGUCAAUUUGGAUCACCGGCUAGUAAUGGGUUUGGAUCACCGACGGCGAAUGGGAAGUUUGAUCCUUCGUUCUUGGCGGUGAGGCAAACGCCGCAGCAGCAGCAGCAACCAAUUCACAGAAUGUCUACACCAUCAUUGCAUAGUCCAGUUGGUAAUUACGUUGAGGAUUUGGAAUCUGCAAACGCUAAUGGAGGGAGAACUGUCCUAACUUUAUUCCCAACUCGAGACGAUUGAAAGUCAAAAUCUUUCCGGUUCAAAAUGUCUCUACAGUCAUCAAGAACAUUGAUUUGAGUCUGCUGAUCUUUCUUGGCAUCGGGUAUUAUCUGGUGGCGAUCAAGUUAUGUAUCUGAAGCGGUCUUUCAAGUAAAGAUGAGAGUAUUAACCCUUGUAGCUUUCUUCUAUAAGAUUUCAUGUAAAGAUGAGUUUACUUUUGUACAUCCGUACGGACAAACUCAAGAUUGGAAAAAGAAUUGAUCUUGAUGAAACAAAAAAGAAAAAAAAAAACUCUCAUGUUGUUGCCUUUUGUUGUAGAUUUGUUCUUAAAGCUGAGUUUGCUUGUAGCAUUUUACACUGAAAGUAUAUUGGAAUUGCUAAAACUGGUCAUUCCCUUUUUA